UGAACGUUUAGUGGACGGGCAUCAGUUCAUCUUUCGUGGAAUGUACCUUUUUCAAAGAUGCUAAUGGCCUUCUUACAUUUAGAUCAUACAGAAAGCUUAUUACAGCCAACUAAUCACUGUUAAUAAAAUACAUCUUUACAGUAAAGACUUGCAGAAAGUCCGAUGUGCCGAUAAAAACAAUGUAAGCAGAUUAAAAUACAAAAUCAUGUAGUUUUGAUGCACAGUUGUGCCUUCUAUUUUCUCACAAAAAAUUAUAAAAACCAAAGUUUUUUUUUUAAUUAUGUAGCAGUCCCAGAGUUUUUUUUGUUUCAGUCUUGCCCCAAAUGAUAUCCCUGUUAGACUUGUUCACAAAUCAUGAACCGUGUGGUGUAAUUUCAAAUUAACAAAAUCUUAAUGCAAAAGUCCGUGAAGUUUGCUUUUCUCCUUAGGAAAAAUACCAGAUUCUGAGGAAUCGUUUCCUCAGCAGUUCUUGCUUAGGCUUUCUAAGAAUAGACGUACCUAACUUUUGCAUAUAUAGCUACACAGCCUUUAUUAAUCAAGCCCUUUGUAACAGAUUCUAUGAACAUAAUACCUAGUGUAUGAUUUUAACAAAUGAAGACUCAGGGAAAUGCUCAGCCAAAACCUCUCUAGUUUUGUAACUUUAAAUUUAUUUUUUUGAAGUCCAGUGUAGUUACAUUAUCUUGGUGUGCUUUUAUCAAUUGCCAAUAGGAUGUGGAAGGAGAAAAAAUACUUGGCACUGCCAUUUUUUUUCUGUUUUAUAUCUUGUUUUCUCCAGGAUAAAUCCUCACAGUUUCUGAAUUCUGAGCUAAUGCUCAGUGUGCUUUUCAUAUGUCAACAUCCAAAGUAAACUGAAAAUAAAGUAACUUUUAAUUUUUAACAGUAAAAACAACAUAUCAACGUAUCAAGAUUAUGAGUUGUUUUGGGUAUAGUCUUAUUUUGCUACAUUACUGCUGUUACAAUAAAUGUAAUGUUUUUUAAAAAAAAAGAGUUCUGAAGAACCAUUAGCUAUUGAAUGCAUUGUGUUUUUUAACUGGUCACAAUUACACAGUUACUUGUAUACAUGAAGAUCACUUGGACAACGAACCACUUUUAGCUGAAAAUGGAAAAGCACCUUUUGAAAACUUACUGCAAAUUUACGCACAAUUGUAAAAAUAUUUUGUAUACCUCAGUUUUUUCACUGAAUACCAGCAACUUAAUUUUAGAUUUUGUAUUUAAUAUUGUGUAUUUUGGCCUUAUAAUUGUUUGUGACACUGUUAAAAAAAUAAUAGCGAAGUUUAACAGCUUCUUCCUUCCCCAUCAUCUUCCACAUGGUUGAGAAUUACAGCACUGGUGAUUAAAUUCAGAAGUGAGCUUUCUUAUGUGGGAUUUAUAGCAAUUGUGCCUGACAGACAAUCACAAAACAAUAGUCCCAAUUCAAGAAAGCGCAUAAAUACAUUUAAUGAAGUCAAGACUGUGCCUCGUGCAGUGGAAUCAGAACCUACUUGCAGUCAGGCCUAUGGGAGAAUCUAGAUUUUCAUAAGCGGCGGGCUCUGUGUGUUCUUCAACAAAGCCCAGAUCUGCAUAUUGGGAGAUAUAUGAGUAUCUCUUUCGUCUAAUCAGCAAGUUUGUUUGUUUUUUAAUAGAACCGUAACAGUUCAUCUGGACAGUAAAUUGAGCAAAGAAGAAAAAGGUUCCAGAUUAACCAGGGAGGAGUGUGAGAAAACAGAAAAACUGUCAUUAACAUUUUUCACCUUUCUUCUUUCCUGCCCCCCAAAAAAGCAAUCAUUUUUAAAAGAAGGGAUAAGUUGAGAUCUUAGGUUAUGGUUACAUGUGAGGAGCUCUUUCUACUUGAGAUAAAAACUUAGGUGGACAGUUUAACAUGGUUGCAAGCAGAAUUUAUUGAAACAGUCUAUAGAACAGACUGUAAACGAAACCUGUGCAAAUACUCUUUUAACAUUUUUUCAACGUAACUGCUAUUUUUGAAGUCUGGUAGUAAUUGCUUAAAUAUGAUUUGAGCAUUUGGUGGCAUAAUUCUGAUUUUGAUAAAAUGAGUCCUCAUGCCUUUUUUCCUUCCAUGUUACGCAUGUGACAUCUGCUGCUGUAAGCCCUGUAAUUUUUAGGCACACUACAUUCCUCAUCUUUAGUACACAUUUUCCAAAAUAUACUAAAGGGGAGAUACUUUUCAAGUGUCACUUUAUUCUCUGACAGCUGGAUUUAUGCUUCAGGUUACCAGGCCUUUUUUUAUCACAUACAGCAAACACACACAUGCAAUCACCAUGUUGAGGGAAAGAACUCCUCUGGUUUUAGGUGUCGCUAUUUGUAUAAUUUUAACGUUUUACUGUGAAACUGUUUCUGCUGUAUUACCAAUUUGCAACUGUGCCAAAUUAUCAUUUACAAAAUGUGACAAAACAGUAGAAAGCUAAUGUCUAACUUCUCCCAUGCGCAAUAUUAAAAACGCAUAUGAACCGGUCUUCUCGUUCUCUCUCCCUUCGCUGCACUCGCCGGCAGUACGUAUCCAGCGUUCCUUUAAUAAAGUCACCUUGAAAACGCCUCGUAGCUGAGGCAAAUCAUGCCGUGUUUUACGUUAAAUCCUCCUGCCCUGCAGGCAGCCCGCAGAGCACUACCGGUGUCCCCUCCCCUCAGCCUCGGCUACGGCCCGUACCACCUCCCGGGACGGAAGGGACGGGGACAGACGAGUGAUUUAAGCGCGGCGAGGAAACCUCGCUCUCCACCCCGGCUCCCUACGCUUUUUGUAGCCUCUGUCUCCUCUCCGAAGAGGCGCUGCCGCAGAACCGGCCACGGCUGGGAGGAUUCCGCCGCACCCGCCGCCCCCCUCACCCUCAGCAGAAAAUGGCGCCGCCCCACGCAGGCCACCGGGCGCAGCUUGCGGAUGCCCAAAGAGCGCGACGGCCGCCGGCCAAUGAGAGCGCGUGUUACUGCCGAGUCGGGCAGGACGAACGCCGUCCCGCCAAUCAGAAGCAUUGACCUUUGGUUGCUAGGUGGCAGCGGAGGGAAGGAGGGCGUCGGGAGGUGCUGUCUCAGGGGGACUGAAGGCAUGCAGCCGAGAUGACUCUUCAGGAACUGGUGAAUCAGGCAGCUGGCCUGUACUCUGGCAGAAAAGCAGUUUGGUUUGAUGAAUGCAACGACAAACCUCCAGCUUUCUACACAUAUGCGACGGUCGUUAAGCUUGCCACGGAACUAACAGCUUUCCUUCAAAAGCACUGUGAUCAGCAAGGAAAAUGUGAAAUAGGCCUUUACUGCUAUCCAGGAAUAAACUUACCGUCUUGGAUCUUGGGAAUCCUUCAAGUUCCAGCUGCCUAUUCUCCUAUUGAUCCAGAUGCACCACCAAUGUUAUCUGCUUACUUCAUGAAGAAAAGCAAUCUUCAAUAUAUUCUUAUUGAGAAUGACAAAAUAAAUAAAUUCCAGAUGUCCCAUGUUGGUUGGUUUUACCACAAUUCUUCCGCAAUAGAACAUAUUGGUUUAACUCUGUUCCAAAUAAGCUCGAGCAAUGCUGAUUUAAAUUCACGAGUAGAUGAUGUGAAAAGUAAAUAUGAACCUUUCAAUGCUACGGGUAACUCGCAGCCAGGAUAUACCAUUUGCCCAGAUCAAACCGAAGUAAAAACAUCAGAAGGAGGAUACAUGGACGUUGGCCAGAAAUACCCUUUAGCGUACGUCUUGCAUACAUCGGGAACUACGGGGAUCCCCAAAAUAGUCAGAGUGCCUCAUAAAUGUAUAGUGCCAAAUAUUCAGCAUCUCAAAUCCAUAUUUGAGAUCACACAGGAUGAUAUGCUAUUCCUGGCUUCUCCUCUAACAUUUGACCCGUCUGUGGUUGAAUUGUUCAUCGCUCUGACAAGCGGAGCCUCUCUCCUCAUGGUACCAAACACAAUUAAAAUGAUGCCUGUGGAGCUGUCUGCUGCUCUAUUUCGCCAUCACCAUGUGACAGUGUUGCAGGCAACACCAACGCUUCUCAGAAGGUUUGGAGCUCACAUUAUUAAAUCAACAGUGUUGUCUGCAAAUACUUCACUUCGUGUCUUAGCCCUUGGUGGUGAAGCGUUUCCUGUACUGAAUCUCUUGAAAACUUGGAAGCACAAGGAGAACAAAACAAGUAUUUUUAAUCUGUAUGGUAUUACUGAAGUGUCAAGCUGGGCCACUUACUACAAGAUUCCUGAAGAAGUUUUUAGUGCUGAUUUUAGAACUGAUUUCCCUAUACCUUUGGGAUCACCGCUCCUUGGAACAAAAGUUGAGGUCAGAGAUACCAAUGGUUCUGCAGUUCUAGAAGGCGAGGGACAAAUAUUUAUAGGUGGUGAAGAACGAAUCUGCUUUCUUGAUGAUGAAAUAACUGUACCCCCGGGCACAAUGAGAAAAACAGGGGAUUUUGUAAGAGUGCAGAAUGCAAAUUUGUUCUUCUUGGGUCGGAAAGACAAUCAGAUUAAACGUCACGGCAAACGUUUUAAUAUUGAAUGUUUGCAGCAGGCUGCUGAAGAUCUUUGUCAGGUAGAAGCUUGUGCAGUGACCUGGUAUCAGCAGGAAAAACUUAUCCUGUUUGUUGUACCCAAAGAUGAUUUGGAAAAGAGAGAAACACUUAAAGAGCUCCAGAAACGUCUACCAGCUCAUGCAGUCCCUGAUGAGCUUGUACUGAUUAAAGCUUUGCCUUUAACAUCACAUGUCAUUCCUGUUGCGGUAUGCAAUAGACCCCUGACUCCAGCUGUGGAAAGAUCAGUCCCCAAAGGCAAAGUUGAUAUAUCUGAACUGAACAAGAUUUACCAGAACCAUCUAAACUCCAGAAGGCGUGACAGUAAGCUGAGUGACGCAGAGGAAUUGUGGGAAAGAUUGCAGUAUUUAUGGAAGUCUAUUUUGGGUCUCCUAGAUGAUUCCCGCGGAAUUUCUAAAGAUGCGGUAUUUCUGUACAGUGGUGGGGACUCCUUAAAGGCUCUACGAUUUUAUGAUGAAAUUGAGAUGCUAUUAGGCAAAGCUGUGCCUGGACUCCUGGAAGUUAUUCUCAGCCGCUCGAUUGGAGAGGUUUAUGGACAUAUUCUUAAAAUUCUGUUUCCAGAUGAAGACCAAUUAAUGAAUUAUGACAAUGUUGUGAAAAGAAAAUUAAGUGGGAACAGUGGAGAGGAAUUCCAUGGAAAAUAUAUUAAACUGAAAUCUGAAAGAGAUCUUGAGGUUGCUUCAGGGUUAAUUUCAUUUAUUGCGCUAAGCAGAGGAAAUCAUUUUUUUUCUAUGAAUUUCACCAAGUCUUUUAUGCAACCCGGUAAUACAGUACAGGUAGGAGUGGAACUGCUACAGCAACCAUCCGUUCUGCAUUUAGUGACUCCAAGUGUAAUGAAGAGCCACGAGCAAGGGUAUGAAAUGAAGAACAGAAUUUUAGCAGUUACGAACAAGGCAAAUAAAACUGACUGUUGCUCUGUACAGCAAAUCCAUGCAGAAUGUAGUCAUGUAACAACGGCGGAGUUGGCAUUAUGCAUAAGAUGGAAGUCAAAUACAAGAAAAUGUGUUGAUGCAUCACCGCUGGUUAUAAUACCAGCUGAAGAAGGAGUAUCUGCAUCUGUAUAUAUUGGCUCUCACUCUCAUGCAAUGCAGGCGAUUGAUCUAGAUUUGGGAGAAGUAAAAUGGGAGAAGAACCUUGGAGAUCGUAUUGAAUCUUCUGCCUGCGUAUCUAAGUGUGGAAAAUUCAUUGUUGUUGGUUGUUAUGAUGGCUUAGUGUAUGUCCUUCAAAGUGGUGAUGGAGAAAUACACUGGACUUUUGUUACAGAAGAUACUGUGAAAAGCUCUGCAGUUGUAGACCCUUCCAGUGGACUAGUCUACAUAGGAUCGCAUGACCAACAUGUGUACGCAUUGGAUAUUUAUAAAAAGGCAUGUAUAUGGAAGUUACAUUGCGAAGGUGGAGCUGUGUUUUCAUCUCCUUGUCUAAGUUCUUUUCCACAUCAUCUUUAUGUUGCUACUCUAGGAGGACUAUUAUUGGCGGUAAACCCGGUGACGGGGAAUAAGAUUUGGAAAAGCUUCCUUGGAAAACCACUCUUCUCCUCUCCUCACUGCAACGAGAAGUACGUUUGUGUUGGGUGUGUGGAUGGAAACGUAUAUUGUUACGCUCAUUCUGGAGAAAAGGUUUGGCAGUUUUCCACUAAUGGACCGGUGUUUUCAUCUCCAUGCAUCUCAAGUUUAACUAAGCAAGAAAUAUUUUUUGGCUCCCAUGAUCGCUUUAUCUACUGUUGUAGUAUGGAGGGUAAUUUACUGUGGAAAUUUGAAGCCACUUCAAGUGUAUAUGGAACACCAUUCGUUUUCCAAAGCGAUGACUUAAAGAACAAAAUUCUUUUGGCAGCAGUAUCUACAGAUGGCAAAGUGUGGAUCCUGAAUGCCAAGAGUGGAACAGCAGAAGGAGCAGAUAGGCUUCCAGGAGAGGUUUUCUCUUCCCCUGUAGUAUGGGGAACAAAACUUGUUGUUGGCUGUAGAAAUGAUUACGUCUAUUGCCUAGAUUUGCAUAUAACAGGAAAAAAAGAACAGCUAAGAUGUUAAGCUGCUUCCUUUUUAUUGUUUACAUUUGUAAAUUAAGAACUCACAGGUGUUGUCUACCUCUCUGCCUGUUUUACUGUAGGCAAGAUGUGCUCUUUGCAGACUUCUCGGGUAGCAUUUUGCACCAGGCAGUGUCCAGAGUAGGUAAAGGGAUAUUUGUUGACUUGCUGUACUGAUUGAGGGAGGAUGGCUGCUCAGCACCCAGCCAGAGGUUGCACCGUCCCUCCCUCAUUUCCCAGCUCUGAUUCAUGAAAGAACAUGUUUCAAAUGGUUUGGAUUUGAAGGUUGUGCUUUGACCUGUGUAGUAAGAAAAUGAAAGUCAGUAGCUUGGCUUCAAGAAACUGUGGUAAAGUGCCAUAUUCUGCAGCUUGGAACAACGUGCUUGUCUCCCUGAGGGAGGAAUGUGUUUCUGUCUGUGAGUCCAGCCUCGCCUGUGCCCUGAGGUUCCUCCCUAGCCUGUGCCUGGCUCUUCCAUGCAUCAGACUGGUGUUUGUCUAGUCUGACGAGGUUUCUAUGCUGUGGCAAGGUAACCCAAGUCCUUUUUUGAAUCUAACUUUUAAUUUGAUUUCUGAAGACAUGGUCUGCCUUGCAUAUACCGGUAGUAGUGAGCUGUUUACUAUAGUUUGUAGAAACCAAAUCGUUCAUCUUUUGUGAGCCUUGCCCCCGCACCUUUGCCUUCAGUUCAGCCAAGCAUAUACUUAAACUCCGUUGAAGUCAGUAGGAGUUACUUCUUGUAUUCUCAAGUGGAGAAUAUGUGUAUAUGUAUUAAAUUUCAAUGACAGGUACAGUAUGAGUUCCAAGAUGAAGUGUGCACUGCUCAAAUCAACCAUUGUCAAAUCAUUUUUUAAGAGAUUUGAAAGAAUGCUCUAUACAGUGUCUUUAGAGAGAACUAUUAAUAAAGGGUUGUAUAAAUUGGUUUUGGUUGUCUUUAAUGUCUUAAAAGGAAUUACCAGUGGUCUUAGUAACACGAGUCAAGUAUUGGCGGUGACAGAAGUACACUUAACUGAGAGCAUCUUGCUAAUGAUGAGUGUUCUGAAAGAACUAUAGCAGAAACUGUUUUCUCUCUCUCUCUCUCUCUCUCUGAUGAGCCAUCUACUUUGAAUUCUACCAUCUUGAAUUAAAAAGUAGAGUAGAAG